GGCACAAAUCUUUCUGGUGUGGAGACUGGAGACGACGUGCAGAAAUGGCACCUCGAAAGGGGAAGGAAAAGAAGGAAGAACAGGUCAUCAGCCUCGGACCCCAGGUGGCUGAAGGAGAGAAUGUAUUUGGUGUCCGCCAUAUCUUUGCAUUCUUCAAUGACACUUCUGUCCAUGUCACUGAUCUUUCUGGCAAAGAAACCAUCUGCCGUGUGACUGGUGGGAUGAAGGUGAAGGCAGACCGAGAUGAAUCCUCGCCAUAUGCUGCUAUGUUGGCUGCCCGGGAUGUGGCCCAGAAGUGCAAGGAGGUGGGUGUCACUGCCCUACGCAUCAAACUCCAGGCCACAGGAGGAAACAGGACCAAGGCCCGGGGACCUGGGGCCCAGUCGGCCCUCAGAGCCCUUGCCCGCUCCGGUAUGAAGGUCGGGCCAAUUAAGGACAUCACCCCCAUCCCCUCUGACAGCACUCGCAGGAAGGGGGGUCACCAUGGUCACUGUCUGUGAACAAGACUCCUCAAAAUAUUUUGUUAAUAAAUUGCCUUCAUGUUAAAAAAAAAAGGCACAAA